UGACUUCCGUACUCAGGCUAACUUUGUGUUUUGUUUACUAGCUUAGAUAGAGAGUUUUUAUCUCUAUUCUCCAGAGCAUUAAACAUACACUUGCUAUUAUUGUUAAGAUAAAUUACACGAUGAUCAAAUGCAUAGAACAUAAAAUGUAUUUUUUUAACAUUAAAGACUGGAAAUAAUACUUUUGAGCAGCAACGGUGCAACUCGUCUUGCCGACGAUCGGAAACAACAAACCACACAAGAUUUUAUGACUCAUUUUGACACAUCUUGGUUGUUUGCUGUACUUGGCUGUUAGGGGAACAACGGCUGGGCCCUUGCUGCCACCUAGUGGCCACUGUGGAUAAGACGCGUGUCAGCUUGCAUUCAGGUCUAUUAAUAACUAAUGCUGAAGUUGUACUUGAGCCACAAUCUUAUGACUGUGUCCACAAAGGACACGAACUCAAAUGUAAGUUUCUUUAUAACAGUUUAAUUAAAAAGGUAAAUGAGACUGAGUUUCUACUUGACCUCUGCUUGGACCUUUGUGUGUCAGUUCCACUAAAAGGUGAGUAAGAGUGUGUUGACAUAACCGUAAACAGUGCUGCACUACGCUUUAGAGGCAAAGCGCUGCUGCUUUAGAGAUGAACUAACAGGAACAGGAAAAUGGCUUUAAAAAAUAUCGACUAUUUCACCUGUAACGGGCUUCAUUUCUGUCAGACUGACUUUAAGGUGCCAUGUCGAAGGACACGUUUCCGUUCUCCUCCAACUCACUGCGCUCUCUGAGAUUGGAGCAGGAGUUUCAGGAGUGGGAGAAUGCACGGCAAGCGCUGGCUCACAGGAGAGCCAUGACCAGGGCUCCACUGCCUCGGGCCCCCAGGCCUCCUCCCAGGCAGCAGCGCCUCCAGGAGGUACGAGCCCCCCCGCCCCAGGCCCGGUGCAGAGACACAGCCAUCCACAACACCUUCAUGUGCGGGGACAUGAAAGGAGUGUACGCAGUGCUGAAGGACCCAGCAAUGGUCAACGCCCUGAUGGAGACAGUGCACGAGGAGAUGGUGUGGACUCCAGAGAUGGGGAUGUGGACGCUGAGCUCCAAGGUGAAACAAACCUCAGCCUUGCGUCUGGCUGCCAGCAGAGGACACUCGGGUUGUGUGGAGGAGCUGCUGUUUCGCGGAGCUGAGGUUAACGCGGACCCCGGUGGCUACACCGCCCUCCAUGAUGCCUGCAUGGGCGGCCAUUCUGUGUGUGUCCAGCUGCUGCUUUCUCAUGGAGCAGAUCCUGAACUGUUGGCUGCUGACGGCAGUGCUCCUCUUCACCUCUGCACGUCUCCCCUGUCAUUCCACUGCGCUGAGCUGCUUUUAGAAGGAGGGGCAGAGGUCAACGUCAGGACGAGGGAGUCGAGGCUCACGCCUCUGCACGUGGCCGCUCGCCGAGGCCUGGAGGAGCACGUGGAGCUCUUCCUCAGCCACGGGGCAGAUGUUUUAGCCACAAACCGAGAAGGGGAGACUCCCCUGAACGCUGCCUGCUCCGGAGCCGAGAGGCAUUCCGAGGCCGGGCGCUACCUCCGCGUGGUUCAGAGGCUGCUGGACGCAGGAGCUGACCCCCGGACUGCAGGCAGGAAGCAGCACACCCCACUGCACAACGCCUGUGCAAACUGCUGCCCCAGGAUCGUAGACGUCCUCCUGCAGCACGGAGCGAAGGCUGAUGUUGCCAACUGUGCAGGAUACACACCAAUGGACUGCUUGCUGCAGGUGGUGGAGGAUUUCCCAGACCAGCGACCUGAAGCUAUAGCACGAUCCCUUCUCAACCACGGAGCUCAGCCCGUUUCACCAAAGAUGCUGAAGCAGUGCAUCCUCUCUCCUGCCACUCUGGAGGUGAUGCUGAACUCGUACGCAUCCAUCCCUCCCUGCGACUGGAUGGACUCUCUGCCUGCUGAUGUCUCCGAGGAGCAGCGCUCUCUCCUCCUCUCGGUGCGUCAGCGGAGCGGCCAGCCCCGCUCUCUGCAGCACCUCUGUCGACGCGCCGUCCGGCUGCACUUAGGAGCCCGGUGCCACUCGGCCAUCAGUUCACUGGACAUUCCCUGCUCUGUGAGAGGUUAUCUGCUGUUGUGUAAUGACGGCACACUUCUUUGACUUUGUACUGUCCUUACAUAAUUCAACAGUAUGGGGCCUCUUUGGAAACGAUUCAUUUUAGACUUCAAUAAUCUGUUUUCUCCCAUGUUGUUGCAGUUUAUAUUGGUUUGGUUAUUCCUACUAACAUCAGUGUGUUUGCUGGAACCUGUAUGCCAUACUAAUAAUAUUGGGAUUUUCAUGUAUUUAUUAAAACCGUUAUUCUUUG